UGCCGGCGCCGGCUCCAGGCGUGGCCCUGGGGUAACAGGGCCUGGCGUGGUGAGCAGCCCGUGUCCUUCGCCUCCCCAGACCUGCAGUUCCUGGUCACCUUCUUCUCCCGUCUGAGACCCAACCGCAGCGGGCGCUACAAGGCCUCCGUCCCCUUCCUCUCUCCCUGCGGCAGGGAGCGCAACGUCCUGCGCCGUGAGGACCGGCCCGUGGUCUUUACGCAUCUGCUGGCUGCAGGCCCCGGGUCCCCGCGCCUCUCCUACUGUGGCGGCGGCGAGGCGCUGGCUGUGCCCUUCGAGCCCGAGCACCUGCUGCCCCUGGCCACCCACGGGCGCCUGAACGCGCAGGGGGCGUAGGUCUGGUGCGCUGGGCCGUGGCAUCCACGAUGCCCUCACACGUGCACUGGCAGGGCCAGCGCCUCCCCCGCACCAUGGACC